ACGGAGCUGGGGAACAAGAAGGAGUUGAAAUCCAUGCCCUUCAUCACCUACCUGUCGGGCCUGCUGACAGCACAGAUGCUGUCUGAGGACCACCUCAUCUCGGGCGUGGAGAUCCGCUGCGAGGAGAAGGGGCGCUGCCCGGCCACCUGCCACCUCUGCCGGCGCCCCGGGAAGGAGCAGCUCAGCCCCACGCCCGUGCUGCUGGAGAUCAACCGCGUGGUGCCUCUCUACGCCCUCAUCCAGGACAACGAGACCAGGGAGGCUUUCAAGGGGGCCCUGAUGAGCUCGUACUGGUGCUCGGGGAAAGGCGACGUUAUCGAAGACUGGUGCAGGUGUGACCUCAACGCCUUCGACGAGAACGGACUCCCGAACUGCAGCCCUCUCCCUCCCCCUGUCCUGCGGCUCUCCCCCAACGUGGAGCCCUCCAGCACUGUGGUCUCUCUGGAGUGGCUGGAUGUGCAGCCUGCCAUUGGGACAAAGGUGUCUGACUACGUCCUGCACCACAAGAAGGUGGAUGAGUACACGGACACAGACCUCUACACAG